AUGCCUUCUCCCUACCCGUGCCUUCUCCCUACCUGUGCCUUCUCCCUACCCAUGCCUUCUCCGUACCCGUGCCUUCUCCCUACCCGUGCCUUCUCCCUACCCGUGUCUUCUCCCUACCCGUGCCUUCUCCCUACCCGUGCCUUCUCCCUACCCGUGCCUUCUCCCUACCCGUGUCUUCUCCCUACCGGUGCCUUCUCCCUACCCGUGCCUUCUCCCUACCCGUGCCUUCUCCCUACUCGUGCCUUUCCCCUACUCGUGCCUUCUCCCUACCCAUGCCUUCUCCCUACCCGUGCCUUCUCCCUACCCAUGCUUUCUCCCUACCCGUGCGUUCUCCCUACCUGUGCCUUCUCCCAACCUGUCCCUUCUCCCUACCUGUGCCUUCUCCCUAUUUGUGCCUUCUCCCUACCCGUGCCUUCUCUCUAUCCGUGCCUUCUCCCUACCCCUUCUUCCUACCCGUGCCUUCUCCCUACUCGUGCCUUCUCCCUACUAGUGCCUUCUCCCUACCCGUGCCUUCUCCCUACCCGUGCCUUCUUCCUACUCGUGCCUUCUCCCUACUCGUGCCUUCUCCCUACCCGUGCCUUCUCCCUACCCGUUCCUUCUCCCUACCCGUGCCUUCUCCCUACCCACGCCUUCUCUCUACCAGUGCCUUCUCUCCACCCGUGCCUUCUCCCUAGCCGUGCCUUCUCCCUACCCGUGCCUUCUCCCUACCCGUGCCUUCUCCCUACCCGUGCCUUCUCCCUACCCGUGCCACUUUCUUGCCCGUGUCGCAUUCCUUCCCAUGCCCCUCUCUUGCCCAUAUCUGUGCCUCGUGGUGUGCCAACACAGUUCCUGCCCCCAUCCCUGCCACCCGACCUGCUCCGCAUGCGCCGAGGCUUGCGAGUGGAGCUGCAGGCACCAGGGUCGGUGCUCCCAGCCCUGCGGUGCCCCCUGCGACCGCCUGCCAUGCGAGCAGCGCUGUGA